UUCUCUAGUUAUAAGCCAUAAAUUGAUAAUAAAAUAAAUUAUUUAAUUAUUGCAUUAAUAUUAACACUUGUAUUGCAAUCGCCUAUAAUAUCAGUGCUGGACAUCAACCGACGGUAACCACUCAAUGGCCAACCAACGUCUGGAACAGUUCGCCAAACGUUUGACCACUGCGUUCACCGUUACGAAAGACGGUUCACACGUUCAACAAUUGGCCGACUUUUUCGGUACGUCCGACAACGUCUAUCGAGAUGUCCUCGAUUUGGUCAAACUAUUGUCGGCAAACAAUACCAAAUUCAGCGGUAUUAAGACAUCGUUGGCCUAUACUAUAGUCGAACAACUCGGCAAAUAUGUUGGCCAAAGUCCGGACAGUCAACAAAUGACUGCACGGUUGCUGAACCCUACCGUACGUAAUGAGGCCAUGGAUUUUGCACUUCGCAGGGCGAACAAGACAUGGAUGGACAUUGUUGUCGAUGUCUAUCAUCUGAAAACGAUUCCCGAAUCGGAAAUACUGGCCAAUGUCGGCACUUUGUUGGCCGAAAAGAAGUACUUGGACGCCGCACUUUUGGUCACAACGUUUGACUUGAGAGACCACUUUGAUAUCAAGCAAAUACUGGUUCCGCUGUUGUUUCAGGAUAAGCUAUCGGUUAUGGAGGACUACAUACGCGAUCAGCAGCGGACACACGGCUACGAGUUUAUCAAGUUUUUGGACAAAUGCUACGUCGACCGCAACUAUGCCCUUGAGAUUGCCGAUCAAAUAAAGGGUACACGAUAUGAAAAACUGGAACAAAGAGCUAUACAAAAAUUGGUGACCCGUUUGCUCAAACAUUAUCAGAUCGAUGACAGUGCCUGUCCUAACAUUGUCGGCCAACAACAUAGCCGCCAAUUGCGAUAUCUAUUGCAUCGCAGGUUUAUCGAGAACGGUUUUUCUGAUGGUUCCUGGAAUGAGAUUAUCACCAAAACAGUGGCCGACAAUCCACGACUUCAGGAAGAGCUGGUCAUCGAAAUUGUCAACUAUAGCAUAGAUGAGUCGUACAAAUGGGCCCAAGAGUUCAAUAUACCGAUCGAUAAGAGACCGACUUGUAUACAGAAUAUGACCGAAAGUCAAUUGACUCCUAAAAUGUCAAAUGCCAACCAAUGGGACGAUUGGGGAGAAACACCGGUUAAUAAUAAUAAUAACUACUAUCAAUUGAAACUAUCGAUAAUUACCGAUGUUGUUUGGGUCAACAGUGACCAAAAGUUUGAUAUUUUUAUCAAUCGUAUAGCUGAGAAUUAUUCGGUUAUCGGCAUCGACGGUGAAUGGCCACCACUAUUGAAUCCCAAUUCAUCGACUACCGAAAAGCUAUCGUUGUUGCAAAUUGCUGCACAGGAUUGUUGUCAUAUAAUUGAUGUAAUGAAACUACGGGACAGUCAGUGUUGGACACAAUUUACCGAACGUAUACUGAACUCCAAGUCGAUUAUUAAAUUAGGUUACGGUAUACAACACGAUCUGACACAGAUUCGCCAAUCGUUGCCGACAAAUGCAGUUUACAGUCCCGUAAAUGUGUUAGAUUUGUCCAAAUUUUUUGAGUUUGUUUUGAGUGAAUUUCCAAAUAUUAUUGACGAUUCAGUGAUAGCCGAUUGCCGCCAAAAAAAAGAUUUGAAAGGAUUGUCUAAAACUGUUUUUAUAUUGUUGGGCAAACCGUUAGACAAAUCGGAACAGUUUUCCGAUUGGAGUCGACGGCCAUUACGUGAAGAACAGAUUGAAUACGCGGCUUUAGACGCGUUUUGUUUGAUCGAAAUUUUUGAUCGAUUUCGACAAUUAUUUUCGGAAAACAGUUUAAAUUUUGAUGAAUUUGUUGGAAAUUUUCUGUCGGGAAAAUUACAGAAAAGACAUAACAAAAGGAAAACAAGCGACGACUCAGCCGAUAAACAAUUGGAUUUUGACUGUCCAUCUGUUAAUGUUAAAGAUUUUAAGUGUGUCUGCGAUACUAUGCUUCAAGGUUUGGGUAGAUAUUUGCGUAUAUGCGGUGCCGAUAUCUUAAUAGCCGAGACCAACGAUGACCACCACAAGUCUGCCCGAUUGGCACUGGACCAGGGACGGCUACUGUUGACCUGUGGGGCACCGUAUGAUUAUUUCAGGUCGAGACUGCCCGCCGGCAAGUGUUAUAGGGUUCCCAAUGGUAUCAAUGCUUUCGAGCAAUUGGAGAUAGUGUUGAACAAGUUUAACGUUAGAGUUACCGAACCGGACCUGUUUACCCGAUGUCCGAAGUGUAACUGCAAUGACUUCCAAGUACUGACCAGUAGUCAAAUGAGCCGAUUGUAUGAAAAUCGUGAUUCAGCUAAAACUAAAUCAGGAGUUGAUGUCAAGUUUGAGGGCUUUCACAGCAAUAUCUUCAGUAAAGUAAAUGAAUUUCUUAUGUGUCCCACUUGUGGUCAAGUGUUUUGGGACGGCUGUCAUCAAACCCGAUGGAAGGAUAAGAUUCAGGAUUUGUUGUUCAAAGUGGUCGCAGAUGAUGGCGAAGACCAACAACAACAACAACAACUGUGCGAUAAUAGUGAGCCGGAAGUGAUUUGUUUGGAUUGA